AUGUCUUCCUUUCCAGUCCGCCAAGCUUCGAGUUUGGAAGGAGAUCCGCAGCUGGUGAUAGAUGAGAGGAAGAGAAAGAGAAUGCUCUCGAACAGAGAAUCUGCGAGGAGGUCUAGGAUUAGGAAGCAGCAGCACUUGGAUGAUCUAAUAAACCAGGAGGCACAGCUCAAGAACCAAAAUGGUAAGAUUGCAAUGCAAAUCAAUCUGGAGACACAGAAGCACACGAAAGUGGAGGCCGAGAAUGCCAUCCUAAGGGCUCAGGUGAGCGAAUUGACUGCGAGGCUGCGCUCGGUGAACUCAGUGCUCCAUUUCUUUGAGGGGGUCAGUGGGAUGACCAUAGACACACCAAAGAUGGCGGACCCUCUCCUGAAACCAUGGCAGCUUCCUUCUGCAGCACAGCCAAUAAUGGCAAAUGCUGACAUCUACCAGGCUUGUGUCUCCAUUGAUUAG